CGCUGCUUGAUCUCUGCGCUUCUUCGCGACGGUGCUGACGCUCGUGCGCUCAGCUUCUUCCUUUUUGGCAUCUUUUCUCGCUUCCUUCCGUCGGAGCACCAGUUCCUUCGCAAUGCGCAUCAGCAUUCCUUCCAUCCCGGUCUCGGCGCCGCGCGACCGCGUGCAGCACACGCUCGAGGCCGGCGCGGCGCUCGUGGCAGACUUCUUGAGCGCAGGCGCGGGCAAGACGCUAGUCAUGACCGGCGCGGGCGUCUCGGUCGACUCUGGCAUCGCGCCGUAUCGCGGCGAGAAUGGGCACUACACUGUGCACACGACGUAUCGGCCAAUCUUCUUCCACGAGUUCACCGAUGCGUCAGACAAGGGCCACGUCGCGCGGCAGCGAUACUGGUCGCGCUCUUUCCUUGGAUACCCGCCUGUCUUGAGAGCGAAGCCAAACGUGACGCACUACUCGCUGGCUGCGCUUCAGCGCAUGGGUCACUUUGGCGACUUCAUCACGCAGAACGUCGACAGCCUGCACCACCACGCUUCGCCCUCUCCAUCGCUUGCCGCGUCUACAAUCCUCGAGCUGCAUGGCACGCUGUCCUCCGUCGUCUGCGUCUCCUCGCCCGGUGCUCGCUCGACACCAAUAGACGCCAGCGCGCACUCCUACCUCACCUCCUCGCACAUGUCCGGGCCGCGCCGCGCAGCACCAAUAGCGCACAACACGCCAACCGGCUCGGCGUAUCCGCACGGCUGCGGCUUCCGUGGCAGUCGGCCAGCCUACCAGGCCAUGCUGGGCGAUGCCAAUCCGCAAUGGCAGCGCAUGGCCGAGGACAUGGCGGCGCGGCGCUCGGAGCCAAAGACGAAUCCGGACGGUGACGUGGAGCUGAGCAAGGACACAGACUACAGCUCGUUCAAGUACGCGCCGUGUCCCUCGUGUGGAGGGAUCCUGAAGCCUGCCGUCAUCUUCUUCGGCGAGUCGGUGCCGGAUCAGCUGCGCGACCGCUCCUUCGAGCUCGUCGAGAAGGCGUCGCAGAUGCUCGUCGUCGGUUCGUCGACGGCAACGUACUCGGCGUAUCGCCUCGUGCGCGCAAUGGCCGAGUCCGGGCGGAAAGUGAUGGUGCUCAACAUCGGCCCGACACGCGCCGAUGGGCUCGACAUUGAGAAGGUCGAGCUGGGCUCGUCCGAGACGCUCGGCCUCGCAGCCAAGCAGCUGGCUGCAAAGGGACCCCUCCGAGACGACCCGGUGCUGCGUCGUCUGCUCGAGAGCGGCGGUGUGGCGCGCGUGCCGAAUGACCAUCGCGUCGCCGCGAGCUAGACUUGAAGAGGAAAGGGGAACACGCAAUGCAUAAAUCGGACUCCGUCGCAGGCAGCGGCGUUCCAGACAGCACAGCUGCU